AUGGGUUUCCAUCCCGCAUCUUAUUUAGCUGGUUUAGCCGUCUUGUUGAGUGUGCAACACAGCGUCAGCUACUAUAAUCGUGAGUCUGGACUCCUGUUUGAUGCUUAUCCAAAACAAAAACUCUCUCUUCCAAACGGUGUGGAUGGCGUUCACCCGAACAAGUCAGUCAGUGUCAAAGACAAGAUGGACUGUGUUUUUGCGUGUAUCAACGUUCCCUGGUGUCGUUCGGUGAAUUUCCAGACCACGCCCCUUAAAAGCGGACUUUACUUCUGCCAGCUUUUAUCGUCCGAGCAAUUUGCACACAAGGAAUACAUGAAAAAGAACAGACUUUAUCUUCACUACAGUGUUAAGAAUCCUUGCCAAGAGAAUCCAUGUCGUAAUGGCGGUAAAUGUAUUCUCCAAGACAACAGACAAGAAUAUCAAUGUAACUGCGCGAAAGGAUUCAUGGGAGAUCAAUGUGAGAUAGAUAUUGAUGAGUGUACUACAAGCAAGCACAAUUGCAAUGUCAAUGCCCUCUGUACCAAUACCGCGGGCUCAUUUACUUGUGCUUGCAAUCUUGGUUACCAGGGAGAUGGCCGUUCAUGCUCAGAUAUCAAUGAAUGUACGACAGGUGUGCACAAGUGCCCAAGUAAUGCAGGCUGCACAAACACUGUGGGCUCAUAUACCUGUCAAUGUAGGACUGGUCCUCAUGGCACUGUCACCGUCCAAACGAACUGUCAGUACUCCAGCUUUGACAGCUUCUGUGGCCGCAUAUCAUCCCCUGGCUUUCCUGGAUUGUACUCCAACAUGCUAAGUUGCUAUUGGAAACUCUAUUCUACGACAGCAGUCUCAAUCACUAUUGAAAGCUUUCAUACUGAGAGUUGCUGCGAUCACUUGAGGAUCUAUGAUGGUCCUUCUGCUUCAGCUACAAAAAUCGGUGAAUUUCACGGUUUGAAUCAGAUGGGGACAGUUACAAGUUCUUCUACGUACCUUUAUGUCACAUUCACAACUGAUCGAUCAGUGCGGAAAACUGGAUUCUCUUUCAUUUAUAAAG